AUGAAGGCUACAGUUAUUGGUGCUGCAGGUGGUAUUGGACAGCCACUCUCAUUGCUUCUCAAGCAAUCGCCCUAUGUGAGCGACCUCUCGCUGUACGAUGUGGUGAAUGCCCCUGGUGUGGCGGCUGACCUGUCGCACAUCAACACGGCAUCGCCCGUCCAAGGUUUCCUGCCUGAGAAUGAUGGGCUUGCGAAGGCCGUGCAGGGCUCAGACCUAGUGAUUAUCCCCGCUGGUAUGCCACGCAAGCCAGGGCAAACGCGUGACGACCUGUUCAAUGCCAAUGCUUCCAUUGUGUACGGCAUUGCCGAGGGCAUCGCCAAGGCGGCACCCAAGGCAUUUAUCCUUGUGAUUUCGAACCCGGUGAACUCGAUGGUUCCGAUCUUUGCUGAGGUUCUCAAGGCCCACAACGUGUACGACCCCAAGCGUCUGUUUGGUGUGACAUCGCUGGACCUCGUGCGUGCGUCGACGUUCGUGUCGGAGGCCGCUGGCGCAAAGAAGGACGCGGCGAACUACCAUGUGCCCGUCAUUGGCGGCCACUCGGGCGUGACGAUUGUGCCAUUGCUCUCACAAGCCAAGCCAUCAUUCCAGGCCGACCAGCAAAAGAUCGAGGAGCUGACGAACCGCAUCCAGUUCGGCGGUGACGAGGUCGUCAAGGCCAAGAACAACGCUGGCAGUGCUACGCUGUCGAUGGCCUUUGCCGGUGCUCGGUUCGCAAAUGCAGUGCUUGCUGCUGCGCAGGGCAAGAAGGCUGAGCUGCCGGAAUUCAGCUACGUCGACCUGGCUGCUGAUGAGGCAGGUGGUAAGGCCGUCAAGGACGUGAUCGGCAACGACAUUGCCUUCUUCAGCGUGCCCCUCACUCUGGGUCCUAACGGUGUGGAGAAGAUCCAAUCUCUUGGCGACAUCAGCUCGUUCGAGAGCGAGCUGAUCAAAAAGUCCAUUGAGUCGCUCAAGGGCAACAUUGAGAAGGGUGUGUCCUUCAAGCCAACCAAGCUCUAA